GCAACCCCGGAUGCAGGAGAGACUGGACCGCGCAGCAUCGGAGGGACCUUUUUUUUUGUCCCUGGUCGUGGAUGCCUGGGAAGAGAAACGGUUUUACGGGGGCGGCCAAGUUCUUUUUGCCAGUUUGCGGACGGAGACACACCCUGGAUUCAGGGGACAGCCCAACCAUGAGCUCGGUUUAGAAUUGGGCGCCCCAUAUGGGGCGGUGGGCUCAUCCUGAGAGGGGGUGCAAAGGAUGGGGCAUAUCCAGUCUCCAGCGCUGGCCGGAUAAAAGCCUGUGACAGAGGCCCAUAUUAGCUGUUUUAAAGAGAGAGAGAGAGAGGAAGGGCAAGGAAAGAAGAAGAUAAGGGCUUCUCAGCCUUAAUUUACCAUGGCUGGUAAAACUGGACCAGAACAUCUCUUUAAUGCAGCCACUGAAGUCGAGACCACAGGAGCGUUGUUGAGCAACAAGAUUAACAUCCCAGCACUUUUGCCCCAAGGCCCAGCUAAGGAAUGGCUAGAUCAGCGUCGGGCUACCAUUCGCCCCUGGGCCAACUUCGUGGACCAGAGGCGUUUUGCAAAGCCUCAGAAUUUUGGGGAACUGUGUAAACGGCUUGUCCGCAACGUGGAAUAUUUCCAGAGCAAUUAUGUCUUUGUCUUCCUGGGACUUAUCGUCUAUUGCCUCAUCACCUCACCUUUACUUCUGAUUGCGCUUGCUGUGUUCUUUGGGGCUUGUUACAUCAUGUACUUGAAGACCCAACAGUCACAGCUUGUUCUGCUUGGGCGAGAACUCAGCACAGCCCAUCAAUACAGUCUGGCCGGAGCUGUCUCUUUUCCUUUCUUCUGGCUGGCAGGCGCCGGCUCAGCCGUCUUUUGGGUGCUGGGCGCCACCUUGGUCGUCAUUGGUUCCCACGCCGCCUUCCAUGAACUGGAAUCCGCGGAGACCGACGACCUGCAGAUGGAACCCGUGUAAAAAAAAAAGAAAAGAAAAGCUGCAGCCCUUCCUCUUGGAUCCAUGUCUCCCUCCGUCCCCCUCCCCCAUUUGCUGUUACAUUGCCUAUGUAUCCAGUGCUGCUAUUUCAUUCAACGUCAGGAUGCCAGCUUAGAUUGCAAUUCCCUCCGAAUCUUGAAAACUCCCCGUGGCUAACCCUAUGUCGAGGAUUUCUGAUUUUUUUCAGAUAUUUCUCCAUCUCUGAAAAGUCUUAUUCCCGGUGGCCGUGGGCUGUUUUCAUUCAGCAUAUAAUAAAAUGCUGCUGUUAAGAUUCUUUCCUCUCUAGGUUUUUUAGAUCCCAUCAUUGGCAUUUCCCAAUAGCUUAGAAGCCCCACCUGCAAAACCUCCUGCACUCAGCCUCCUCCUGCCUCUGAUCCGUUUAACAUUAAAGAAACGGUGACAUUCA